AUGCAUUGUGGGCCUCCCGACAUGGUCUGCGAGACGAAGAUCGUGGCCGCCGAGGACCAUGAGGCGCUGCCGGGGGCCAAGAAGGACGCACUGCUCGUCGCCGCCGGCGCCAUGUGGCCCCCGCUGCCCGCCGCGCCCGGGCCGGCCGCCGCGCCCGCUGCGCCCCCGCCCGUCCCCGAUGCCCAGCCGCGCGGCGGGGCGGGGGGCACGGGGCCGCCGGGGGGGCGCGGCGUGUGCAUCCGCGAGUUCCGCGCGGCCGAGCAGGAGGCGGCGCGCCGCAUCUUCUACGACGGCAUCAUGGAGCGCAUCCCCAACACGGCCUUCCGCGGCCUGCGGCAGCACCCGCGCACGCAACUGCUCUACGCCCUGCUGGCGGCACUCUGCUUCGCCUUGACCCGCUCACUGCUGCUGACCUGCCUGGUGCCGGUCGGGCUGCUGGGCCUGCGCUACUACUACAGCCGCAAGGUGAUCCUGGCCUACCUGGACUGCGCGCUGCACACGGACAUGGCCGACAUCGAGCAGUACUAUAUGAAGCCACCUGGCUCCUGCUUCUGGGUGGCUGUGCUGGACGGCAACGUGGUGGGCAUUGUGGCUGCGAGAGCCCACGAGGAGGACAACACCGUGGAGUUGCUGCGCAUGUCUGUGGACUCACGCUUCCGCGGCAAGGGCAUCGCCAAGGCACUGGGCCGGAAGGUGCUGGAGUUCGCCGUGGUGCACAACUACUCUGCAGUGGUACUGGGCACGACGGCCGUCAAGGUGGCCGCCCACAAGCUCUAUGAGUCGCUGGGCUUCAGACACAUGGGCGCGAGUGACCACUACGUGCUUCCUGGCAUGACCCUCUCGCUGGCCGAGCGCCUCUUCUUCCAGGUCCGCUACCAUCGCUACCGCCUGCAGCUGCGCGAGGAGUGACUGCCGCUGCUUGCCCGUCCACCACCCCAGCUGCCCCGUCCACCUGUGCCCGCCUGCCCGCCGCCCAGUGCGGCUCUGCUUUCAGACCCUCACCUUGGCGUUUGUGUUGGGUUUUCCUUUUUCAUCACGCGGUUCCCAGCUGGUCCUUGGGGUGCAGGGCUGUGGCUCUUCCACGACACUUUGGUAGGGGCGAGUUGUCUGCAGCCACGGUUCUUCGCCCUGCCCAGCUUGCCAGGUGGCUUGCCACACCUUGAAGAGUCGCACCUUGGACUUCUGCAGCUGUCCACAAGGCUGCCCAGCCCGCUGCCACUGGGGAAGGCCCAGCCUUGCCCACCAAGCACAGAACCUCUGCGACGAAGCCCCAGGCUAUGGCUCAGCUG